AAGUCAUGGUCGUAGAAGAAAAAAUGUUUUUAAAAAGAAAGAGGAAGCGGUAGGAAGAGGUAGGAACAGGACGGGGACGGUUCCAACAGGUCGUGACUCGUGACUCCCCAUGGCCUCUGCGGUUCGCUCCCCUGAUCAGAAGACACGCGACGGUUCUCAACCUAGUAGAAACGAACAAACGGCAAUUAUCAUGUCAAAUAAAUGCUUCCAAUUCACGCUCAUUCCGGUUCUGAUCUUUGUAUCUUUUGUCGAAAAAUGUUGUUUGUUCACUCAGAAUCCUUCCGCUGCGGAUUCUACUGCUUCUGAAUUGGAUGUCUUUCAACUCCUUCAACUUCAUCAGGAAAAGGCUACCAGGCUACCUGCAGUUGCAGAAAUCCGGACUAUUCUUUAUCACUAUUCUCGUGGGAUGCUCUCUACUUUCUCUCAGAAGCAUGAGGGCUACCCAUCUGGUUCUAUAGUCGACUUUGCUUGUGAUGCAUAUGGAUCUCCAAUAUUAGCAGUGAGUAGAGUGGCAGUUCACACUAAGGACCUCUUAACUAAUCCUAGAUGCUCAUUGCUCAUAGCAAGGGAUCCCGAGGAUAGGACUGAUUUAACUAUAAUUUUGUAUGGUGAUGCCAUUUCUAUCUCUGAAGAAGAUAGGGAAUCUGCCUACAAUGCAUAUUUGUCGAGACAUCCCAAUGCAUUUGGGGUUGACUCUGGCAACUUUCUAUUUAUGCGCAUUGAACCCAAAGUUGUACGAUAUGUGUCCGGAGUUGCUACAGGUUUAUUGGAUUCGGGAGAGUUCAGCAUGGAGGAGUAUAUAGCUGCGGAAGUAGAUCCAAUAUAUCAGUUCUCAAAACCUAUUUCAUCCCACAUGAAUAAGGAUCAUUCAGAGGAUACAAAACUUAUUGUGCAACAUGCAACAUCAAUUCCGGUGGACUCUGCUCACAUGCUGGAUUUGGACAGUCUUGGUUUCAAUGUUAAGGCCAUCUAUCAAGGAGAUGCUUUCAAACUACGAAUUCCUUUCCCUAGACGCGCAGUGGAUAGAAAGGACGUGAGGACUCUCGUAAUUGAAAUGCUUCAAGCUUCGAAGUCUCGGCUCUCAAGUUAAUUGAUUCUGGUGAAGAAAAAAAAAAAGGAUCAUGGAGGCAAGUAUCAGGAACCACCUUGUGGUUGAUGGAAACAGCUCCACUCCCUUUGCCGUCUCUCUGUUGACAUGCUAUUGCAUAUACAUCUAGUGGGUGGACGUUCUUUUCUUUGUUAUUGUAAUGAUCAUUAACACAGUAAGUAAAAUGGUUCAAAAAGCAGCAACUGAACGUGGUAUAUGAGAUAUAUUUGGUCCUGUUAAAGAUGGAGAGUCAAUGCACGUAAAAAUUUUGAAUGUA